CCAUAGGCCUAGGAAAACCAUGGCUGCCAAUAAAGGAAUGGCUAUAGGCAUAGACCUAGGCACCACCUACUCGUGCGUGGGCGUGUUCCAACACGGCAAGGUGGAGAUCAUCGCCAACGACCAGGGCAACCGCACGACCCCCAGCUACGUGGCCUUCACCGACACCGAGCGCCUCAUCGGAGAUGCCGCCAAGAACCAGGUGGCCAUGAACCCCCAGAACACCGUGUUCGACGCGAAGCGGCUGAUCGGCAGGAAGUUUAACGACCCUGUUGUGCAGUCAGAUAUGAAGCUUUGGCCAUUUCAAGUGAUCAAUGAAGCGGGCAAGCCCAAGGUGAUGGUGUCCUAUAAAGGAGAGAAGAAAGCCUUCUACCCGGAGGAGAUCUCAUCCAUGGUACUGACGAAGAUGAAGGAAACGGCGGAGGCUUUUUUGGGCCACAAUGUCACCAACGCUGUGAUCACGGUCCCAGCCUAUUUCAAUGACUCUCAGCGGCAGGCCACCAAGGAUGCGGGUGUCAUCGCAGGACUCAAUGUACUGAGAAUAAUCAACGAGCCCACGGCCGCCGCCAUCGCCUACGGCUUGGAUAAAGGAAGUCACGGAGAGCGGCACGUGCUCAUCUUCGACCUGGGGGGCGGCACGUUCGACGUGUCCAUCCUGACGAUCGACGACGGCAUCUUCGAGGUGAAGGCCACGGCGGGCGACACGCACCUGGGCGGGGAGGACUUCGACAACCGGCUGGUGAGCCACUUCGUGGAGGAGUUCAAGAGGAAGCACAAGAAGGACAUCAGCCAGAACAAGCGCGCGGUGCGGCGGCUGCGCACUGCGUGCGAGAGGGCCAAGAGGACGCUGUCGUCCAGCACCCAGGCCAACCUGGAGAUCGACUCCCUGUACGAGGGCAUCGACUUCUACACGUCCAUCACGCGGGCGCGGUUUGAAGAGCUGUGUGCAGACCUAUUUAGAGGCACACUGGAGCCCGUGGAGAAGUCUCUUCGGGAUGCCAAGAUGGACAAGGCUAAAAUCCACGACAUUGUUCUAGUAGGGGGCUCGACGCGCAUCCCAAAGGUGCAAAAACUGCUUCAGGACUACUUUAAUGGACGGGAUCUCAACAAGAGUAUCAAUCCGGAUGAGGCAGUAGCCUACGGAGCUGCAGUCCAGGCAGCUAUUUUAAUGGGUGACAAAUCUGAAAAAGUACAGGAUUUGCUUUUGUUGGACGUAGCUCCCCUGUCUCUAGGAUUGGAGACAGCUGGGGGUGUGAUGACUGUUCUGAUCAAGCGCAACUCCACCAUCCCCACGAAGCAGACACAGAUCUUCACUACCUACUCGGACAACCAGCCCGGGGUGCUGAUCCAGGUGUACGAGGGAGAGAGGGCCAUGACGCGCGACAACAACCUGCUGGGGCGCUUCGACCUGACUGGAAUACCUCCUGCCCCUAGGGGCGUGCCCCAGAUCGAGGUGACCUUCGACAUCGAUGCCAACGGCAUCCUGAACGUCACGGCCAUGGACAAGAGCACCGGCAAGGCCAACAAGAUCACCAUCACCAAUGACAAGGGCCGCCUGAGCAAGGAGGAGAUCGAGCGCAUGGUGCAGGAGGCCGAGCGCUACAAGGCGGAGGACGAGGGCCAGAGGGAGAAAAUCGCUGCCAAAAAUGCCUUAGAAUCGUAUGCCUUCAACAUGAAGAGCGCUGUGGGUGACGAGGGUCUCAAGGACAAGAUCAGCGAGUCUGAUAAAAAGAAAAUACUGGAUAAAUGCAACGAGGUCCUUUCCUGGCUGGAGGCCAACCAGCUGGCCGAGAAAGAUGAGUUUGACCAUAAAAGAAAAGAACUGGAAAAUAUGUGCAACCCGAUCAUCACAAAACUGUACCAGAGCGGAUGCACCGGGCCCACCUGCGCGCCCGGGUAUGCUCCCGGCAGGGCUGCCACAGGCCCCACCAUCGAGGAAGUAGAUUAGCCUUUUCCCGGAACGACAGGGUGCUAGGGUGCCUCUAGGCAGACAUCACUAUGAUUCUGGAACUGACUGGACUCGAGCCUCCGUCACCAUCCUUUGGGAUCCCGCUGCAGAAGCCUUGCACUCCACCUUCUCACACCCCCACCCUCAUCUAUGACCCUGAAUUGGACCUUUAGGAAAACCAGGCCCCUCUUUGAGCCAUUUGAAGAAUUUGAAUGUCUGUUAUUUAUUAUCCACACC